UCCUGGGGAGAAGACCGGAGGGAUGUUCCCCGCUCAGGAGGAGGCCGACAGGACCGUGUUUGUGGGAAAUUUAGAGGCUCGGGUGCGAGAAGAGAUUCUUUACGAGCUAUUCCUUCAGGCUGGACCACUAACCAAAGUGACAAUAUGCAAAGACAGAGAAGGAAAGCCAAAGUCCUUUGGAUUUGUCUGCUUUAAACACCCAGAAUCCGUGUCAUAUGCCAUUGCCUUGCUGAAUGGAAUUCGUUUAUAUGGAAGACCAAUUAAUGUACAGUAUCGAUUUGGGAGUUCACGCUGUUCUGAACCAGCUACUCAAAAUUUUGAGAACUCUGUUAAAAUAAAUUCACAGAGCUACAGGAGUGAAGACAUGGUGGGAAGAUCUUCCUUUGCCAUGCAAUUUUUUCCAAUUAAUAAUACUGCUUUACCUCAAGAAUAUGUCUUCUUCCAGAAGAUGGUAAGUUUGAUAGACAUGUUGCUCAAUGUAUUCUAUUCAAACUCUGAAGGACCUGAAUGCUUUUCUUUUCUGAUACUCAACUAUAAACCUGUCAGGAAGAUAGCAAGUGCUCCCAAACAAUGGUAUUCACAAAGCCCGCCAGCACAGCUUCCUUAUUACGAGAUGACUGCUCCAGCUUCUAACAAUGCACCUGGGACUUCCGCACAAAAUCACCUUCCCAGUGUGGAACCUGGACCCAGUUCCUAUGAAUGGACACACCGGCAGCCAAGUGACUCUGCCCUUUACCAGAUGAAUAAACGAAAGAGACAAAAGCAAACAAGUGACAGUGACAGCAGUACAGAAAACAACCCAGAAAACAAAUAUAACCGAAAAUUCCAAAAAUAUAAGAAGAAGAAAAGAUAUUAG